AUGAGCUUUCCCACCUCGUUCGCCGCGGGCACCUCCAGCUUCGGAUCGCAUCUGCUCUGGCGCGAACGAGCCAAGCGCACCUUCUCGUUCACGCGCCGCCAGCGCGCCGCAUCUCGUCGCCCAGGACCCAACCCGUACGCCCGACGCCGCCUCGGGCUGCGUCUGCCCGAGUCGCUGCGCCCGCGGCACUCUCGCCGCUCCACCGACUCCGAGCCUGACCGGCCCGACGCACAGUCGACAGAUCGGACGGAGGCCGAGGUGGCGGGAGUGGAGAUCCGUGACCCGACGGUUCGAACAACACGAACACCAACUGGGCUAUCCAACCAGUUGUCUAGGCUACUGAGGGUCAGAAUGCGGAUGGCGCCAGACAGCUCUUCUUCGGGGGCUCCGGCCACAGAUGGCCGAUUCGCCGGAGAGGCCGGCUCAAACGAGACCGAACCUCGAAUCCCGCCCCAACAUCAUCAGCAUCAGCAUCAACAACCAUACCGCCAACAGCAUCAUCAAGCCUCGCCUCAAACGCGUCAGCAUCAGCAUCAGCAUCAGCAUCAGUGUGGGUCGGUGGCCGAUGCGAAAGAGGGCCCGCCACAGACUGGCUCCAGAGCGGAGGGUCGAGCAGACUCGGCUUUAACGCCGCCGGUGGCGAGCAGGCAGCCGCAUCACACGCCGGCCCCAUUCGUCGCAAGCACGACCAAGCGGAAACAGAACAAAGCCUCUUUGAGCAUAGAACCCGGCGAGAGGGCAAGCCGACGAGAGGAGAGAAGCAAAAGUAGGUAA